AUGGGAAAAAUUCAGAAGAAGAACUCCAAGGGUCGUUUGGACAAGUACUACUACCUUGCCAAGGAGAAGGGCUACCGUGCCCGUUCCUCUUUCAAGAUCCUGCAGAUCAACGAGAAGUAUGGUCAUUUCUUGGAGAAGUCCAAGGUGGUGAUUGAUCUUUGUGCUGCGCCUGGUUCUUGGUGUCAGGUGGCAUCGCAACUAUGCCCUGUCAAUUCGCUGAUCAUUGGUGUUGAUAUCGUGCCGAUCAAGCCACUACCGAACUGUAUAACGUUCCAGUCUGAUAUCACCACUGAAGACUGUCGCUCCAGACUUAGAGGUCACAUGAAGACGUGGAAAGCCGAUACUGUGCUCCAUGACGGUGCUCCCAAUGUUGGUAUGGGAUGGGUGCAAGAUGCUUUUACGCAGUCGCAUCUUACGCUGGAGGCGCUGAAGUUGGCGGUGGAUAACCUUGCUGCUGGAGGUACCUUCAUCACCAAGGUGUUCCGCUCGAGAGAUUACAACAAUCUUAUGUGGGUUUUCAAGCAGCUUUUCGACAAAGUUGAGGCAACCAAACCACCAGCCUCGCGUAAUGUCUCUGCUGAGAUUUUCGUGGUGUGCCGUGGGUUCAAGGCUCCUAAGAAGAUGGAUCCUCGUUUGCUGGAUGCCCGUGAGGUGUUUGAGGAACUUCCCGAUGGGCCCGUGAACAACGAGGCCAAAGUUUUCAACCCCGAGAAGAAGAAGAGAAGCAGAACGGGUUAUGAUGAAGAUGACUACACUCUUUUCCACACCAUGCCUCUGCUUGAAUGGGUGAAGAUGGACGCCGAGGUGAUCAAUACUCUUGGUGGUCUCAACCAGUUCACGGUGGAUUCCACCGAUCCCGAGUGGAAAAUAUUGAAGAAGAUGAAGCAGACAACUACAGAAUUCAAAGAAUGUAUCAGAGACUUGAAGGUUCUUGGUAAGAAGGAUUUCCGUAUGCUGAUUCGCUGGAGAGUGCAUGCCCGUGAGACCCUAGGAAUAAUUGAUCCGAAGGACAUGGAAAAGCCCACUGUUGAAGUGGAAGAGCUCACUGAAGACCAGAAGAUUGAUCAGGAGCUGGAUGCACUUGCCGACAGACAAAGACUCAAGAACAAACGUGAAAAGCGCAGAAACAACGAGAUGAAGACCAAGGAAAUCCAGAGAAUGCAGAUGAACAUGUUGACCGAUAUGCAGAUUGGUUUGGAUGCCGCACAGAUUGGAUCCGAGAGUUUGUUCAACCUCAAAACUGCAGAGAAGACGGGCCAGCUGGACGCUUUGGCUCGUGGUAAGAAGUCGAUCGUGUUUUCUGGAGAGGACAUGAUUCGUGAUGUUGAUAUAGUGUACGACCAGGAAGAAGCAAACACGGAUGAAGAGGUCGAUGGACUUGAAGAGCAACUAGACCAGAUGUACAACCAAUACCAAGAACGUCGUGAGGAAAGAGAGUCAAGAUUAGCGGCCAAACGUGCUCGUGGAUCCGACGAUGAGGCCUGGGAUGGAAUCAAGGAUGAGAAGGACGAGAGUUCUUCUGAUGGUGAGCAGUUUGAAGAAGAUGACAGCGAUAUAAGCGAUGCGGAGGGUGAUGCUUCUGUCAGUAAGCUUAUUGCGAAAGUGCGUGAAAAGGCAGGUGAUGGACUUAGUCGAAAGGCGGCCAUGUUCUUCAACGAUGAUCUGUUUGAGGGUGUUGACGACUCAACUACAGCUUCUUCAGUUGGAUCGAAUGAUCCAGAAGAAGUGCCUGCAUUGGCUGAAGCAGAUAACGAGAUGGACGUUGACUCGGACUCGAGUGAGGAGGAAGAGGAGGAAGACUUUGAGAUUGUGCCUGCAGAGGAACAACCUGAGUCAGACUCCGAUUUUGAUUCGGAUGACGAGUCCGCUUCUCGCAAGUCGCACAAAAAUGAUGUGGAUAUUGCCACAGUUGAGGCAAUGACUCUGGCUCACCAGCUCGCUCUUGGUCGCAAGACUAAACACGAUCUUAUGGACGAAGGUUUCAACAGAUACUCCUUCCGUGACAAGGAAGGUCUGCCCGAGUGGUUCUUGGACGACGAGAACCAGCACAGUAAGAUCACCAAACCAAUCACCAAGGAAGCUUCAUUGGCUAUGAAAGAGAAGCUGAGACAACUUAAUGCUAGACCUAUCAAGAAGGUGUUGGAGGCACAAGGUCGUAAGAAGAUGCGUGCCAUGCGCCGCAUAGAGAAGCUCAAGAAGAAGUCGGACAUGAUUAACGACGAUGACGCCAAGUCCGAAAGAGACAAGGCCGAUGAAAUCUCCAAGAUUAUGAAGAAGAUGACCCGCAAACAGAAGACCAAACCACAGGUGACUCUUGUGUUUGCCAAGGGCUCCAACAAGGGUGUAAGUGGAAGACCUAAGGGCAUCAAGGGUAAGUACAAGAUGGUGGAUGGUACUCUCAAGAACGAACAAAGAGCGCUCAGACGUAUUGCGAAGAAACACAAGAAGCGUUGA